GCACACAAAGGGAGAGCCGAGUAGCUCGGGAAGUUUGGGUGAGCUGUUUGCUAGAAGCUGCCGAGCCCACCCCUCCAAGACCUUUAUUUCCCCCUGCGGCAGCUGUCAUCUGAUCCCACGCUUUGGCUUUGAAUAGGGCUGUCUGAGGAUGCCAGAUGUUGGGAACAAAGGUCUAAAAAUAAUCUUUCCAAAUAAUCGUCCCAUCUAUCAUUCAAGGAGAGCGUGUGCUUUGUGUGAACAUGUGAGCCGAGAACCUCAUCUAACUUUGAGUAAAGAAGUUCAACAGCAGCUCCUGGCUUCUGCUUGUGGGAUCCUUUUUUUUUUUUUCCCCCUUUCCCUUCCCAGAAGCUGCGCAGCGAAAAGCGGCUCUCACCAGCGAUCAGCCCUCGCUCUCCCUCCCUCCCCGUCUCCCUCCCUCCUUGCCAAGACUCUGAAUCGUCUCGAUCCUGAAAGCCAGGCUCCUUAUUUGAUCUCUCCUGGGGAAAAUGGAUUCCAGGGUACUAUCAGAGAUGCAUUUCUGUAAAAAGAUCUUCACUGCAGCCUUCUGUGUCUUAGUUUUGCUGCCAGAUUCGGGCUGCGCAAGGAAUCUCUGGAAGCGUGCUCUACAUCUGAAAAUGACGGAGAAAUACGAUGAUUAUGAGUACCCUCUUCAUUCUCACAGUUCCCACUACCAGAAGAACGACCGCUGCCCCCCACCGCCCCAGACUUUGCCUGACCGAGCCUGCGAGGUGCCCAGCUGCCGCUCGGAUUCGGAGUGUGAAAGGCACAAGCGCUGCUGCUACAAUGGGUGCAUCUACGCCUGCCUGGAGUCCGUACAGCCACCGCCAGUUUUAGACUGGUUGGUUCAGCCCAAACCCCGCUGGCUGGGAGGAAAUGGGUGGCUUUUGGAUGGCCCAGAGGAAGUCUUACAAGCUGAGGCCUGCAGUACCACUGAGGAUGGAGAUGAGCCUCUGCAUUGCCCCACAGGCUAUGAAUGCCAUAUCAUCAACCCGGGUAACACGGCUGAAGGAAUCCCUAACAGGGGCCAGUGCAUCAAGCUCCGUGGAAAUCCAGAUGGACGCAAUCUGAGGCAUAAGUAUUACAAGGAAUAUUUUGGGAGCAAUUCCAACAAUGUGGUCGGCUAUGUGAAAAACCAGCAGAAGCAUUUAGGCUAAUCAAAGGUGUGCCUGGCUGGACCACUCUGUUAAGCAGCUGUCAAGGAACGCUUUACCCAACAGUUUUCUGUUUUGGAAGAACUCUGGUCCCAAAUCUCCAUGAGCACGUCUCCAGCAUUACCCUGAUCCCUGCCCAUCAGUGAUAAAAAGACAUUGCUAUUCAAGGAACAGGAUGAGUCUAGAUUUUAAGUCUAUCGGAAAGGUGAGAAAUGCGAUCCCCUGAAAGAAACCACACCAUUUAUGAGCUGCCCUUUUACCAUGAAAUGCAAAUACCUCCACGCGGAUCCCAAUAAGCCACAAGCACCAUUAUCAGGCUGCUGGAACAGAGCCUGCCCUUUAUGUGCGUGUUAUGUGACCGAUUCAGAUUUCAUGACCACAAAAAUAACUCAGUAUUCUAAAAAUGAUGUCAGAAUUGUACCUAAAUAUCAUAUCUAAGUUGCAUUAAAAUAGGCAAGGCUGUAAGACUAAAGGGGCUCUCUGGAUCAAGUCCAAUGCCCGCCUGUCUCGAACAGCUACUUUAAAUAAGCCUUUUCAUAAGCUUAAAGUUCAAAGAAACCUGCAGGUUUCUUCUUUUCCUAUUUAUACCUAGGGUUCACCAGGUUUGGCACCCAGUCUACAAGCCUAAACCUGAAGUCUUAAGAAUUUGAGGAACUCUGAGCUAGGAGCAGAACAGGUUUUAUAAAUGUUUUUUUUUUUAAGUUACUUUCCUUUAGUUUCUCAGUCUGGUGAGCUGCAGAUUGAAAGCUAAUGAUAGAACAGAUUUCUUUCUACAAUAUCUAAGCAGACACACAUGUAUGCCCGUCUUUUUAAAGUUGUUGUUUUUAGCAGCACAGUUAACACUCACAAAAUGUACAUCUGCAUUUUUGUACCUGCAAAACCUCAGCAAGGUCUGGAUUAUUUAUUGCACAUAUUAGAAAAGCAAAAGCAGGAUAAAUUUGUGUGAUUAAAAAGAUUGUCUGGCAGAUGGGCAACUGCUCUUUAGAAGUCCUGUACCUUUAUGUUGACUUCCAUAAAUCCUUAAGGUCAAGUUAUUUGUAUUUGGGUCUUACAGCUUCUUUUAGCUGUUUAGCAUUAUAAAAUGGAAAACACAUUUUCUCUGAAUGUUUUCCUUUUCUGUGGCAGUCCUAAAGGGACAGUUGCAUUUCAUUUUGACAAAUCUGCCAGAAUUGCUAGGCAAAAGAAGCCACGUUUGCUGCCUUGUUUAGUACAUGUCCCCAUCUGCAUGCAUAAAAUUAGCAUUUUAAUACGCAGAGUAGUAGCGAUGUAUAUAAAUACCCAAUUCACAAAUACAAGUGCCUGCUUCCACCCACAAACUAUGGGGGGGGGGGGGGGGGGGGGGCGGUUUCCACUCACCAAAUGGUUUAAGCCAAAGCUAAGACACCUAAAAAACACUUGAUACUUUGCAUAUGACAUUUGCAGCUGGAGAGAUGAAAGAUGCCAAACUGCUCUUCUGUUUCCUAUCAUAAACAGGCACAUGCCUCAAUGCUUUACAGAGCAAAGGAACAGAUGAAGGGCUCCACAUUUUCCUAAAUAUCUUCAUUUGUUGAGCUCCAUUCACUUCUUUGUGCCUUUGUGCCAAGUUCUAGGCAUUAAAUGCAACACCAUAUUCCGACAGAUCUAUUUCUAGAAUUUUAUCAUAUACAACUUCAUAAAAUGAUAUCUUAACUCCUCCUGAGAGACAGGAGUCCAUCCGUAUUUUAUAGUUCCAAUCUCACUUUAGGCUGGAAACUUGCCACUUUGCCACUGACAUUACUUGACAACUUAAAGCAGUGCAGCUCAUAAUGGAAGUCUUAAUGCAGCCUUGCUCCUAGGUGCUGCUUAGUGAAGUGAGUUGUCUUUUUUCAGCAUUACUUUUUGCAGAAAAAUCAAAUUCUAAUUAAAUGAGCAAAGCCCUUCAGUGGUUACUGCUAAGCCCCAAAGAGUAAAUGCCAAAUUGUUCUAUUUUAAAAUAAAAAAUUCAGCACCUAAAAACCUGUGAGGAUCUAGUUGAAAAACUUGUGUUGAACAUUAACAAAUUUGCAAGGUUAAAACUUCAGAUCUCAACCUAAUCUUCCAAAGCAUCCAAAAAUAUUUCAGAUCACUUGAUUUGAGUGGACACGUUCACUUCAGUGGCUGCUUUUUUGUAGCUACAAAAGCACAUACCUGACCACCUUGCUGGAUGGGAUGGUAAAGAUAUUUUCUACUUGCAAAAGGAAUUUUUAAAAAAGAGAAUUGACAAAUUAAUGAUUUGUUGAUGAAUUUCUGUUUACUGGGUGUUAUCAAAGACAUCACCCUUCCUCAUGGUGCUAUAAUGCUUGGGGUUUUUUUCAAGUUAAUUCUUUUCAAGUUAUUAAAUGUCAAACUCAGAAACAAAAGCCCUGGAAGAGACUUGUCCAAAUGCUGUUUUCAACACUGACAUCCGUCACGUUGAAACAAAAGCACAGACCGAAUGAGUUGUUCUCAGCUUGUCUUCUCUCCAAAGACAAAUGGCUUAACAACAGUCUUGUGAACCACAGUAGGAAAUCACUAAUGUAGGUUGGUUUUAAUGUUUCUAUGUACACUUUAAAGCAUGUUUGGUGCUAUAAUAAACUUUACGUGUAUCACCGUGUGCUAGCAAUGCUCAUGGCCUUCCAGAUCCUCGAGCGCUGCCGGUGGAGCUGCUCUGCCUUGCAGCAGCCGAGGAUCUGCGGCAACCCCAGGCAGACCCUUCCCGGUUCCUACCCCUGGUGCUUAGGCGUGUACAGGUUCUGCCACUUGGGUGCUCAAUAAAAAGUGACCAGUAUAUUUUUCAACUCUGCCUAGUUUCAGUUGUGUGUUCUUGAUAU